UCAAACAAUUAUGUAAUGGUCUUACAAUAUGCGAAUCAAGGAAAUUUAAGAGAAUAUUUAAAAAUCAAUUUUAAGCCGCUCCAAUGGAGUGAUAAAAUUCGGAUGGCAUCAGAAAUUGCUUGUGGAUUGAAGUACUUACACUCCACAAAGAUUAUUCAUAGAGAUCUGCACGCAAAAAAUAUACUGGUCCACAAUGGUACUUUAAUGAUUGCGGAUCUUGGAUUAGCAAAGGAAUUAACCAUCGAUGGUUCGUCAAAUUCGGUAGUUUAUGGAAUGCCGGCAUAUGUCGAACCACAAUGUUAUAAAUAUGGUGAUUAUGUCAGAGAUUUAAAGUCUGAUAUCUAUAGUUUGGGUGUUCUCUUAUGGGAAAUAACGAGUGGAUAUCCUCCAUUUUCUAAGAAUUCACCUCAUAAG